UCAAGAGUGUCCUGAUGAUGUAUGUCCAAGUUACUUUUGAAAAAUACGUACAAAUAAAAUUAUUUUCUCAUCAUUAUCAUAAUAAAUUAUGAUGCAAAAAUCUUUUCGAAUAUUUCGUUUUAAUAAAUUAAUAAGGCAUUCAACAUGUAAGUUUUUGUGGAGGGCCUAUUCCGGCCACAAACCAGCAUCAGUAGAGUCGAAGAAACCUGUGGAUCCAAGAAGAGUGUUCAAAGUGUACAGGUUUGGUGGUAUUUCCAGUAAUGAAAAGCCUAAAAUGAUGAGCUAUGAUUUAGACGUCAGUACUUGCGGCAGAAUGGUAUUAGAUGCUUUAAUUAAACUUAAGGAUAUGGAUCCGACUCUCGUGUUCCGUCGUUCAUGCCGGGAAGGCAUAUGUGGCUCAUGUGCUGUCAAUCUGCAAGGGAACAACUGCUUGGCCUGUAUUACAGCCAUUCCUCCCGACAAGACUAUUAGUAUUUAUCCGAUACCACACAUGUACGUUAUCAGGGACCUGGUCGUUGAUAUGACGCAUUUCUUUGAUGUCUAUAAUAGCCUCCGGCCUUAUCUCGUUCGCCGUGAUUCGGGACCUAUGGGGAAAUUCCAGUACGCCCAAAGCAUAAAUGAUAAUGCGAAAUUAGUUGGUCUUUAUGAAUGCGUCCUCUGUGCAUGUUGCUCAACGUCAUGCCCUAGUUAUUGGUGGAAUGGUCGCAGGUUUUAUGGUCCCGCCAGUUUACUUCACGCUUACCGAUGGAUCAUAGAUUCUCGGGACGACGAUGCCGAGCAGAGACUGUUCGAGUUGAGGGAUGACUUCAAAGCAUUUCGCUGCCACACGAUUUUGAACUGCACCCUUGCGUGCCCCAAAGGAUUGCAUCCCGGUCUUGCCAUCGCAAAACUAAAGAGAUUGAUAUCUGGUUUGGAAAAGAAGCCACAACCGGAAAUAGAUACUAUGAAGUUUUCGUCCGGCGGAUCAUCAUGUGGAUGCUAAAAAUAGUGUCUGUAAAUUGUUAUUUAUUACAUACCUAAUUUUA